CUGAUCGCGGCCCCUCCUAUCAGGCAGGACCCGAGGAAAAGAGCGUGGAGGCGGCCCUGCCCAUAUCGGCGGGACGAACGAGCCAUGUCAGAGUUCCAGAUUUCGGUGGAAGAGCUCAACGACCUGCUGGCCAACGGCAGUGGCUGUUACAGCCUCCCCAGCGCGCACAGCAACGAGGUGGCGCCCCGCAUCCACGUGGGCAACGCAUUCAUAGCCAAAAAUAUCAUGCGCUUACAACGCCUGGGUAUUACCCAUAUUCUCAACGCUGCAGAAGGCAAGUCUUUCAUGCAUGUGAAUACAAAUGCUGAAUUUUAUGAAGGAACGGGUAUCAUCUACCAUGGCAUCAAGGCCAAUGACACCCAGGAGUUCAACCUCAGCCGUUAUUUUGAAGAAGCUGCUGAUUUCAUUGAUAAGGCAUUAGCACAGAAAGAUGGUAGAGUGUAUGUCCACUGCCGCGAAGGCUACAGCCGCUCACCCACCCUCGUUAUUGCUUACCUCAUGCUUCGGCAGAACAUGGAUGUCAAAAGUGCUGUCAGCGCCGUCCGGCAGAAACGAGAGAUUGGCCCCAACGAUGGCUUCUUGAAGCAGCUGUGCCAGCUCAAUGAGAAGCUGGUGAUGGAGAGCAAGCUGAAGAAAGCAUAGCCAUUGCUUAGCCUGUGGCCUCUCUGCACUUCUUGCCAAACACUGUUAAUUGCUUUGGGUUGAGGGCAGUGGCUGCCAGGCUGCACAAGCGAGGCAGGAGAAAGCUCAAGCUGCUUUCGCAAAGAUUGGGUGGGGUGGUUUCGAGUAGUACCAGAAAACUACUGCAGGAUUGUGGCUCCCACGUUGUGGAACCCCACCUUGUCCAGCCAGGCACCAGCUCACAUAUCUUUAUUUUAUAUUUUGUUGAGUAUAGUUUAUGUGUGUG